GUAACAGCCUCCCUUGCAUUAUACGUUAGAUAUGCAUCCUUCGUCCUUCGUAUACACUAGAUCAAAUGUCUUAUGGCACACGAAAGCAACAUACGAUAACUAUGUUUUACUUCAGCAGCAGUUGCAACUACAUAGGAUGCUGUUUGCGUCAUAUCUUCUGUGCAAAAUACCCUAGGUAUACACCAAACUGCUUUCCCUCAAUAUCAUCCCUCACUACUCCUGACACAUCUCGCCACUCUCCUCUGCAUUUUUAGUGGGCAAUUUCGUCGCAUUGUAUCUUACAAGGCACCCAAGUCUCCGCAAAGAAGCGGUUGAUAGUGUCGCCGAGUUAGCAGUCGACAAGCGACAUAACUGAAUAGUAGUCAUUGCAACUACUUGCUUACUCGGGCAAACUAUCAGGUAUCAACCCAAAAAUACGAUUGGCGGAUUGUCCACAUGCAUAAUACAGCCAUAGAAUCCUUCUCUCGCUAGGCGAAGGUCACACAACGGUGAGACAGGUGUAUGUCUAGAUAGGCUUAUAUAGCUCAUUCCAGAAGAUGAAAUAAGAUCUGCGGUUCAGUGUUUAGAUUCAUUCUUUAAACAAUCAAAAGCUUUCAAGCGAUGGGUUCGGAUAUUAACGCUGUCAAAUGCCCAAAUGUCUACUCUUCCUCAGUCAUCAACUGCCAGCGUCUCACAGACUACUCUCCUUGGCGUGCUUUGGUCGGGAGCAGCGCUCUCGGUUGCAGUCGUCUCUGCAAGACUGCUAUUCCGUGCCAAGCUCCUCGGCCGAUUCAAAACAGACGAUUAUCUCGUUAUUGGCGGCCUGUUUCUCCACCUCGCAUCGGCCAUCAUUUGGUCUGUUUUGGGCAAUGACCUUUACUUCACUCUAAACUACGGCUUCGGCGGCGUCAACCAACCGAAUGAAGCAUUACAAUUGGAGAAAAUCGGAUCGGUGCAGCAUGGGAAGCUGGCAAGCUACUUUUGCACGUGGACUUGCUUGUGGCUGAUUAAGCUGUCCUUCAUGUCAUUCUUCUACGGCCUGGGAAGACAGAUCAAAGCCCAGCAGAUUCUAUGGUGGUGCGUCUUGGUCUUUAUUCUGGUCGGUUACGUGGUCAGCGUUGCCAUGUAUGACUACCAAUGCUUGACUAGCAGUGGCUUGGAGAUCUUGACCAAAUGUUCCACCCAAAAGGUUGUUAGUGAUGGCUAUCUCGCAUACGCAGCCACGCAAAUUUGCACUGCAUUCGAUAUUGUCACUGAUAUUUCAAUUAUGGGAGUCUCGGCCAAUAUCGUUUGGAGAGCACGUUUACCGUGGAAGAAAAAGCUUAUGCUGGGUUUCAUAUGCUCUUUGACGGUAUUCAUGAUGAUCGCGGCGAUUAUUCGCAUUGUAACAGACGCUCUAGGCAAGAGACCAGAUUAUAGCUGGCUACUUGUAUGGAAUUCUGUUGAAAUGACUCUCGCAAUAUUUGUGGCCUGCAUAGCCUCCUUUCGCAGCCUUUACUGCUACACGAGGAACACCCGACAAGAGCAACACAACCGUUCGCUUCCGCCCGAAAGGUAUGUGGCUCGUCGAGUUAUGGCUUCUGAGUCAGACAACGAAACUGUUCUUAGCAUCGAAAACUCCUGUUGGACACACCAGUCAUCUCAUGACAGCCAGGAAAGCAUAGGCAUUCCUAUCCAAGGUGCGACGCUAAAACCUGAGAUCUAGCUCUAUGCCUCCUUAUCAUAGGAGUGAUACGUACGAGCUUCGUAGGUAGAAUAUAUACCCCUAUUUCGCUAUUAUGCACUCAGUGGCCAUGUUAUUUUCAGGAGCUUUUUUAGUUCGAUAGUAUCGUUCUUAUUGUCCACGCUGCGCUGUAACGUGAAAUUCACGUGAAAUGUUAAUUACUGAGUGUCUACUACUAGUAGUAGUAUGUAGUUGAUAUUCAGGUAGCCACGCGUUUCCACCUGAUACGUGGC